AUGCCCAACGCGGUUGGCCCUGUAGAACAUCGGCGGUUCUGGACGGUGUCUUCGCACAGCUCGCCCGUUUCCUCGGCUCUCGCGGUGGCCGAUCGCGAGCCUGUUCUUCCCUCGCUCGGCCGGCCUCCCAAGCGCGAGCGCCUCAAGCAUGAAUAUGCCUGUCACUCCUUCGGCCGUGGGCAUCCUAUUCAGCCCUUGGGCAUUUGUCUCACCCACCAGCCCCCGGCCAAACUCCACCUCCCUCGCGAGUUCAUCCUUUGUCUCUCGCCAAGCAUGCUAUCUAUUUCCUGCCAGCGGCGGCGGCGGCUUGCCCCUCGCCUGCUGGCCCUGUUGCUGGCGGUCGUGCUGCUGGCCGGCUCGGUGUCGGCGAACAACGAGCGGGUCAUCGCGCGGGAAAUCGCCCCGCACGAGUCUUGGCACGAGUUAGAUGCCCGGUGUUCACACUGGAAAACUCUGGCCCCACAGGCGGACAACGGCCUGCUAGAUGUGUUGCUCGGCCCCUACCCGCGGUCCCUUUCGUCCGGGCCCAUUCGCCUUGAGCUGCCAAUCACCCUCUGCCUGCGCGUGCCACGCGGGACCCUCUUCCAGCCGGAGGGGGCGGCCUUGGUGCCGGCCAAUCGCCACCGGUGGCUGGCCAAGGUGUCGUGGCCUGCAUCGCUUCCGGCCAAGGGAAGUAUUGACUUUGUCCUGGACCGGCGGUUUGGCUCCGGAUCUGACGGCUUCGUGGCAUUGACCCUUUUGCCGGAGGGUGUUCUGCCUGGGCGCUUGGCCAAGUCCCUCUUCUCCCUCGGCCGGGGACAUGACGUCCCGCAGGACACCCCCAACACCCUCCAUAGCAUUGAGACACUGGUGGAGAUCGUGGUUUCGCCGGCUGUGAGUCGGGAAAACAUCGCCGUGGGUAUUCUUUCUGUGCUGAUUGGCCUCGCUCUGGCGGUGGUUGUUUUUGUCCAGUCCCAACAAAGGCGCAUCCAUCACCUGGCAAACAAGCUGGCCGGCUUGAAGUAAGAGCCCCGCCACCUCACCCCUCUCUUUGAUUCCUCGGCGCAUCCCUGGCCCUCAGAUGGGGCGAACUCCGAGGAGGGUUGAUGUGCCGAUGGCGCGAGUUUCCCAUGUCAUCGAGAGCGCAUGCGCGUGCGCGCGUGUAUGUAUGUAUGUGCGCGUGCACGUACGCGCGCACACGCCCCCCCCCCC